GCUGUCAGCGCGAGGCGGCGAGCGGAAUGCAGCGGCCGGAGGCCUGGCCACGUCCGCACCCGGGGGAGGGGGCCGCGGCGGCCCAGGCCGGGGGCCCGGCGCCGCCAGCCAGAGCCGGGGAGCCGGCGGGGCUGCGGUUGCAGGAACCUUCCCUCUACACCGUCAAGGCUGUUUUCAUCCUAGAUAAUGACGGACACCGCCUCCUAGCCAAGUAUUAUGAUGAUACAUUCCCCUCCUUGAAGGAGCAGAUGGCCUUUGAGAAAAAUGUCUUCAGCAAGACCAGCCGAACUGACAGUGAGAUUGCAUUUUUCGGGGGCAUGACCAUCGUCUACAAGAGCAGCAUUGACCUCUUCCUGUAUGUGGUGGGCUCCUCCCACGAGAAUGAGCUGAUGCUCAUGUCUGUCCUCACCUGCCUGUUUGAGUCCCUGAACCACGUGUUAAGGAAGAACGUGGAGAAGCGCUGGUUGCUGGAGAACAUGGACGGAGCCUUCCUGGUGCUGGACGAGAUUGUGGAUGGCGGUGUGAUUCUGGAGAGCGACCCCCAGCAAGUGAUCCAGAAGGUGAAUUUUAGGGCAGAUGACAGCAGCCUGACUGAACAGAGCGUGGCCCAGGUCUCUCUGCCCAGACUAAUCCUGCUUUUAUGGAACUUCCUGCCCUCGUGCACUAACUACCUCCUGCUGUGAUAGCUAAGGCAGAGAUGGACCCAAGCCAGCCCGUGUGGAGCCCCAGGUUCUUCAGUCUGCCAAGGAACAAAUUAAAUGGUCAUUACUGAAAUGAAGGCUGUGCAUUCAGGGCUCCCUGCCCCCAGGGCAUUUCCCCAAUCCUGGCAAAAGCUGAAAGACCUCCGGAGAGGAGAGACCCCUCUGUCCCCCUAGGCUCUCCCAGAACUGACUCCUGAGGUCUCCGGCCAGGGACUCUGAGACGCAAAGAUUUGGCUUCAGAAGUGACUCACCCCUUCUCACUGCCCUGACCUGCCCCUUGGGCCAUGAGAACCAGCUGAGCUGCCUUAACUCAGACCUUAGGCAUCCUUGGCCCCAGAACCCUAAUAAACCUGCUUUGUCUCCUGUCAAUGGUCUCCUUCUCUCCUG